AGGCUUUAAAGAGAAAUGAAACAAGGUCCAAAAGGAGUUACAAAAACUUCCUUCAACCUGGCAACCCAGGACUCGGGCUGGACUGCAGACAAAAGUUGAAGGAGCUUUGGGAAACAGAUGAGAGGAGACUGAAGCCACAUCGGACACAAAAGGACGUGUUGGACAGACACCACAAUGCUGGCGCCCUGGUCUGUCAAGCUCCACCUGCCAGUAUUAGCAUGCAUAUGGAGCCUGUGCCAAGCACAAUACGAGUAUCUGGUUUACCCCCAAGGCUACCCCGAAGCCGAGCAGGAUCAAUACACCCUUCCACAGAUUCCCGCUGAUGUGCCCAAGAUCCAGUUACGCUUAGCCGGAGAGAAACGAAAGCACAAUGAGGGACGUGUUGAAGUUUAUUACGAGGGCCAGUGGGGGACCGUUUGUGAUGACGAUUUCAACCACCACGCCGCUCAAGUGGUGUGCAGAGAGCUUGGAUACUCCAAGGCCAUCUCCUGGGCACCUUCAGCCAAAUAUGGGAAAGGAGAAGGCCGCAUCUGGUUUGAUAACGUCCACUGCACAGGGAAGGAGAGCACCCUGGCGCAGUGCGAGUCCAAUGGCAUUGGCGUGUCCGACUGUAAACACUCGGAAGAUGUCGGAGUCGUCUGCAGUGACAAGAGGAUCCCGGGAUUCAGGUUCCUCAAUCCAGUCAACAACAACAUCGAUCAUUUGACCAUCCAGGUGGAGGAUGUACGCAUCAAACCGAUUCUGUCCUCCUACAGGAAGCGAAUCCCUAUAACCGAGGGCCAUGUGGAGGUCAAAGACGGUGGCAAAUGGAAACAAAUCUGCAACCAGGAGUGGAGUGCCAUGAACAGCAGGGUGAUCUGCGGCAUGUUCGGAUUCCCUGCAGAGAAGAAUUACAACAUACGCAUCUACAAGAUGUUCGCACGAAGAAAGCCGCCCUCAUACUGGGAUUACUCUGUGAACUGCACAGGAAAUGAAGCCCACCUCUCCGGCUGUAACCUGGGACAUUCGCUGACAGUCAACAACACGUGUGAAAAAGGCUACCCCGUGGUGGUGAGCUGCGUACCAGGAAGAGCCUUCGCUCCGACCCCCUUACAUGGCUACAGGAAAGCCUUCAGACAAGAGCAGCCGUUGGUGCGUCUGAAAGGUGGCGCGGUGGUCGGUGAGGGUCGGGUGGAGGUGCUGAAAAAUGGCGAAUGGGGCACCAUUUGUGAUGAUCGCUGGAAUCUGGUGUCUGCCACCGUGGUGUGUCGAGAGCUUGGCUUUGGAACCGCCAAAGAAGCGCUGUCUGGAGGUCAACUGGGUCAAGGAAUGGGCCCAGUCCACAUGAACGAGGUGCAGUGCACCGGGUUUGAGAAAUCUGUCACUGAAUGUGUCUUUAACAUGGACAAAGACAUGGAGGGAUGCAGCCAUGAGGAGGAUGCUGGAGUCCGCUGCAACGUUCCUGCUAUGGGCUUCCAGCAGCGUCUGCGUCUGAGUGGAGGCCGUAACCCGUUCGAGGGCCGUGUCGAGGUGCUAAUGGAGCGUAACGGUUCUCUGGUCUGGGGCACGGUGUGUGGAGAAGGCUGGAGCACCAUGGAGGCUAUGGUAGUGUGCAGGCAACUCGGCCUCGGUUAUGCCAGCCAUGCUUUCCAGGAGACGUGGUACUGGCCCGGUGUGGUGAGCGCUGAUGGUGUAGUGAUGAGCGGUGUGCGCUGUGCUGGUACUGAGAUGUCUCUGUCUCACUGUCUGCAUCACGGAGAGCAUGUGAACUGCCCCAGAGGAGGAGCACGCUACGCUGCCGGGGUCACCUGCUCCGAGACCGCCCCGGAUCUGGUACUGAACCCUCAGGUGGUGGAGCAGACCACAUACAUAGAGGACCGGCCCAUGUUCAUGCUGCAGUGCGCAUAUGAGGAGAACUGCCUGGCCUCCACAUCCAGCUCAACUCCGGCUAACUCGUACCGACGCCUGCUGCGCUUCUCUUCUCAGAUCCACAACAAUGGCCAGUCUGACUUCAAACCCAAAGCAAGCAGAGAUACAUGGGUCUGGCACGACUGUCACAGACAUUACCACAGCAUGGAGGUCUUCACUUAUUAUGAUCUGCUCAGCUUAAACGGCUCCAAAGUAGCAGAAGGACACAAAGCCAGCUUCUGUCUCGAAGACUCGGAGUGUGAUGAAGGUAUUGAAAAGAAAUACGAAUGCGCCAAUUUUGGUGAGCAAGGCAUCACAGUGAGCUGCUGGGACACUUACAGACAUGACAUCGAUUGCCAGUGGGUGGACAUCACCGACGUCAAGCCUGGGGAUUACAUGUUCCAGAUCGUCAUUAACCCUAACUACGAGGUGGCUGAGUCUGAUUACACCAACAACAUUGUGAAAUGCAGGACUCGAUAUGACGGCCACCGCAUAUGGAUGUACAACUGCCAUAUAGGUGGAUCAGUGAGCGGUGAAACUGAGGAGCUGUUUCCUGGCCUUUUGAACAACCAGGUGACCCACAGGUAAAAGGUGGACUGUUGGAAAUGAGACAACUGAGAGCUUGGACCACUAUGUUUUUCUCCCUGAAUGCUCGGUGCUAAAUGCAUGCACCAAACCAUUGCCACUCUGUUGGGAUGAAAAAAAAAACCCUCCCCAAACACUCCUCCAUAAAAAAAACACCUUAUAUGAGAAAACACACUAAAUACUACUGGGCAAGUAAAGAUAAUUAUGACAUAAUGAUAAUGUUCAACCUUUUAUCAGGGUAUACAAUACUGCCACCAUAUUCUCUGUCUCUACAUUUGGCCUCGGCUGCUAUCCUUCUGCUCGGGACAGAUUAUUUUCUCAGUAUUGUGGUACUAGAAUGAUUAUCAGUACCUGCCUAGUAAAGCAAAACUCCAACACUACUGGUUCAGGACUUCCAUAAAAGAAUCAGUGGAUUAACAAAAACACAACACAGAUUCCUUAAAAGAUCCAAAGUGGCUACAAUCCAAAUGUAAUGAAUUUGCCUCCAUUGGUGUUGGAGAUUCAGCUGAUAUUUAAGGCAAUUCUGAUGCACUUUUCUCUUUAGCCUUAAUGGACUCAUCUACAAACGUGACAGGACUCCUGAAGAUCAAUAGAUUUGGGAAUUGUAUUUGCCAUAACUUUGCUGCCUUAAUAUUAUUUCAGUCUUUUAUGAUCUUAUGGCAUUUAUUUGCGAUUCUCUGGAAAAAUAAAAGAGAAAUCUUUACUAGCAUUGGUGAUAACCAUCACAUUGCAGAUCUGGAGUGCUCAGUGCUAAGAACCUUGAGUAUUGAAGAAGAAUCAUGCUUGGAAUUUUACUUAUCCAACAUUAAAGCAAUAAUAAUAAUAAUAAAAAAAUUCAAAUAGGUAAUUAGAAGCAUCAAUAAAUGCUCUAAUACUACUCAAGAAAAUUCAAAUACACACAUCUUGAUAUUUAGUUUUUGUACAUCUUUUAAAUAAAAAGAAAUUCAGAGCAUUACCCAGAUAGCAAAAUAGGUCUGGCCCAGAUCUGGCCCACUUACACUUGGCCCACAUACCACAUACCUUUGGUGGCCCAUAUCUGGUUUGCCAGAGGUGGGCCAAACAUGGGCCAGCACCAGGCCACACUACAUAAACCGAACCAUAACCGGGCCACAUCUAGCAUGCCAUCAUAACAGUGCCAUCACUGCCAGACCUGGUCUGCAUCUGGUAGACAUACCACUUAUCAUGCCAGAACUCAGCCAGCAGUGCCGGCUUAAUGCCAGAUCUGGCCCAGACCUGUCUGCUAUGUGGGUAGCUUCUGAUUUAUGCUAGUUGUGUGGUGUGCUAGCUUAACAUUAGUUAGCUAGCAGAUAAGUAUCCCUGUGGAUAUUAGCACAUUUAACAACUAAUAUAUCAACUGGUUAAUAAGCUGAAUAAGGAGUUGCUAGCAACUGCUACUGAGGAUACAACCUAGCUAGCUACAUAGCUGGCUAACAACAACAGCUAGCUAGCUAGUUUUGAGUUGUUAGUGAUGUUUAUUGACGAGUAUUAGCUCAAAAAACAAACAA